AUGGCAAUGAUUACUAAUAACGGUACAGUAUUCUGGCCAAUUCCAACGCGUUUAAAAACCUUGGGUAUAACAGUUCUUCUAGCAUUUUCCGUUUUUAUGUUAGCAAUCGCCGAAUCAAUGCCCGAAACAUCUGAACAUAUACCAUUAAUAAGUAUCUAUUUAACAGCAGUUAUGGCUAUGACGAGUAUCUCUGUAAUGAUGACAGUAUUUGUUUUGAAUUUACAUUAUCGAGGACCAAAACGUAAUGAACUUCCAUUUUGGUUACAACAACUAUUAGGUUUAUCAUUAGCCGGUGUUAUACGAACAGUGAGAACAAGUGGAUGUUCUUGGAUGAAGAAAGAUGCACGACGAAAAGUACGAAAUACUCGAUACAAGUCACGCUCAUCGCAUUUAAAUAAAUUCGACUCAUUUGUACCCACAAAUGGAAUUUCAUAUAAAUUAAAUGAAACAGUGAUAAAACAGGAAAAUGUACAAUCAACAACCUAUCAUUCAGCAGAUUAUGAGAGUUUACGCUACAGAGACAAUCUUAGUGAUGGUCUGGAUAACGUUAAUAAAAGAUCAUCGUCUCGUUUACAACACGAUUCGACAGUUUUAAAAGACAAUCAUUCAUCCUCAAAUUAUCGUCCUUUCUCGGAUAAUUUGAGUGUUCCAUCACCACCAACAUCAAUACAACGAUCAAGUUCUACUAUUCAAGAAGAAAUUCAUCAAACUUUACAUAGUCUAUUAUUGAAACAAAAACAAAUUGAACGUGAUUUACAAAUCGCUAGUGACUGGCGAUCAGUUGCAACAAAAUCUUGUGCACUGCCGAGCAGAACAGAUAUGUAA